CCCACGGGGCUCGCGGCAACAUCUGGUGGCGAGGGGUGCUCUGCUCGGGAGCGGGGACUCAGCUGGCGGGGCGGGGCGCGGCGCAUCUCCAGGAAGGGGGUUGCUGUAGGUACCGGGUGGCUUAGGUGGCGGGGUCGCGGGUCCGGAGCCUGGCCUGGAAUGCCGGGUGUGGUCUCGGGGCACCCGGCGGGUGGGAGGGGGCUCUGGUUCCUAAAACCCUACCCCACCGCCAGGAUGGGCAGCCGCUCGCUGUCGGAAGACUACCGCCUGUGCCUGGAGCGCGAGCUGCGGCGCGGGCGCGCGGGCGUGUGCGGGGACCCGUCGCUGCGUGCGGUGCUCUGGCAGAUCCUAGUGGAAGACUUCGACCUGCACGGGGCGCUGCAGGACGACGCGCUAGCGCUGCUCACCGACGGCCUGUGGGGCCGCGCCGACCUGGCCCCCGCGCUGCGCGGCCUGGCCCGCGCCUUCGAGCUGCUGGAGCUGGCCGCCGUGCAUCUGUACUUGCUGCCCUGGAGGAAGGAGUUCACCACCAUCAAGACCUUCUCGGGGGGCUACGUGCACGUGCUGAAGGGCGCACUGUCAGAAGACCUCCUCGUCCAGAGCUUCCAGAAGAUGGGCUACGUGCCCGGGGACAACCACUGCCUCAUGGUGACGACCCCGCCACCCGCCUGCCAGCUGGUGCAGGUGGCCCUGGGCUGCUUCGCCCUGCGGCUGGAGUGUGAGAUCCUGGGAGAGGUGCUGGCGCAGCUGGGCACCAGCGUGCUGCCCGCCGAGGUGCUGCUGCAGGCGCGGCGGGCCAGUGUGGAUGUGAGCUCCUGUGUGGCGUGGCUGCAGCAGAGGCUGGCCCGGGAAGAAGAGCCGCCCCCACUGCCGCCCCGGGGCUCCCCGGCUAGGUUCCGGGCCCAGCUGGACCUGUACCGGGACCUGCAGGAGGACGAGAGCUCAGAGGAGGCCAGCCUGUAUGGAGAGCCCUCUCCGGGCCCAAGCUCACCCUCCCCAGAGGCCGCCUACCGGCCUCUGACCUGGGAGCAGAGUGCCCGGCUGUGGGGCGCUGGCGGGGAGGCCUGGGAGCCCCUGGAGGAGGCUGCAGUGCCACAGCGGGCCAGUAGCCCACCCCUCGGGGCCUUGGAGGAGGAAGAGCAGGAGCCAGAGGCCUUCCUCCUGUCCCUGCAUCGAGAGCAGCUGAGUCAGCCCAGGCACCGGGCCGUCCCCCAGGGCCCUGGGAGUCCCAGGAGCCCCGGGCGGGCUGGCCCCCAGCAUGCACACGGGCCGGUCCCCGAGUCCCCGGGCUAUCAGGUGCACAGCUGCUUGGCCCCUGGCGUCCUGCCCGCCCUCUGCUGCCACACGUGCCGCCAGCUGCACACCACCCACUGCGCGGCCCUGCCCACCUGCCGCCGGGGCCACGAGCUGCACACGUUGCUGGGCGACACGCAGCAGCGCCUGUGGCUGCAGCGGGCAGAGGUGGACACCCUGCUGUACGACAGCCCUGGGGCCCGGCCAUAGGCCCGCCCAGCCAGGCCCCUGGCCCAGGGCUUUCUGAGUGUUUCCAUGGCAUGGUGCUUCGCUGGCUCUUGUUCCUCAUCAGGCCUGGGCCACUGCUGCCCUGGGCACGAGGAGAGUCCUGGGCACGGCAGGGGGUGGAGAGCCCAGGCCCACAGGUAGGAGGUCAGCUCUUGCUUCCAGGGAAAGCCCUUGCCCUCCCCCACUCCCCUCACCACCCAGACCUAGACUCCAAUGUGCUGGGUGGAGCAGUCUGGCCCGGCUGCCUACAUCAAGGCUCCUGGGCCUGUCUCCAUGAAGGGCCCCUCCCCGUGCAGAGCAGGGGCUGGCAGUCAGCCUGCAGCUCCUGGCCUGCUCCCUGCAGGUUGUGACCUGG